CUCGUACUUCUUACUUCAUCUUAUCUCUUCUCUUCUUACACUUGCUGUUUUGAGGGCAUUCACACUGAGCAGUAUGGCAGAGACUGUGGAGACUGAAACGAGGGCCAAAGGCCUCACGUCCCUCCCUUACAGCCCCACACACUUUUAAAAUCACUGCUCGUCAACUCGUCUACGUCCCCUUCCCUAAUGAAAACAUACAGAACCAGGUCUGCUAGAGGACUGGACUGAAUGAAUGUAUAAACCUGAAUUGCUGACAACAAGAGGUCAAUGCCCCCACCCCCUGGAGGAGCUACACACUGACAAAGCGUCUAGUUGGCACAUGAUAAUACAGGUGUUUUUAUUCAUAGGAAAGUCAUAUUGUGUUAAAAACAGCAGCUGCUUAAAAAAAGCUUGAAUGUGUCUGCUUGGAUUUCACUGUUCUAUGGCCCCUCCCUUGAAGGUGUAGUUACUCUUAAAGCUCACUUAGGACGAGGUCCUGAAGCUCGGCUGAACAGAAACAUUUAGAUUUACAGCAAUGGAGAAAAGGGUCCUGCCUUACGUGCGACGUGUCUCUUCAGACCUACGUGACUCAAGAGGGCGCCAUAUUGUUCUUUCAUUCACUACAUUCAUUUUGCACUCUGUCACCAGGAAGUCCUGCAUCUCACCAACCCCCACAGAACAUCUGCAUGUACUGUUUGGCUACAGAGGAGAGAUUCACAUUCUUGCACAUAAUGUUCAGCAGAUUUAUUGCCCUCCUCCUUUAGAUGAAUAAACUUUGAUGCUGGGUCGAGUCUGUCCACGUUCAGAGUUUUGUCUCCCCUGUUUGUUAUCUGUGUGUCUGUCGGCGUGACUUUCCUUCCUCCACGUCUCCUGGCUGCUGGCUCCACACACCUGUUCACAAUCCACCAAUCGUCCUGCUCACCUCACUCACCUGCCUCUCAUUAGUUUGCUCACCUGCAGUACAUCAACUGCAGUUUUCCAUCCACUCUUCACCAGAUGUGUUUUCAGCCUUAGUGAUUCUCUCAGUCAGCAGUUUGCUCUCUGGUGGAUUUUGCUUGUUGUGCCUUGUCUGUGCUUUACCUGUCUGCUAACAUCUGUCUCUGGUGCUGCAGGAUCAUCACAUGCCCGUCUGCCUCCUGUAUGCUUCCUGCCAGGCUCGCUUGCUCCUUGAGCCACAUAGAUCCAUCACCUCCACUCUCUCUCCGCCUCCUCUGGAUUCCCCUGCCACCACAUUCAUUCUCCCACCUGGUUUGCAGCAAAGACUUACGGUACAACAAGUCCUGCGUUUGAGUCCAGCCUGUUAGCAAACACAACGUACCUGUGUAGCGGUGUAGAUGGGCAGACGGUUAAGUUUGUGUUUCAGAGGACCCAGGAGCAGACACACACUCUGAAGUUUGUUGAGAACAAGGUAUUUUAAUGAGCAACACAACGAGGCUGGAGAGGAAAGGGGAGCGUGGCUGACGAUGGUGGGAGGCUGGCUCGCUGACUGAAGAGGAGUAGUGGUCUGAGGUGGUCUGAGGAGUCUGGGGUGCAGAAUAUGGAACAGGAGCCGAGGAGACAAAAAAGGCACGUGAGCGAUACAGUGAGAGAGUACUGGAGAAUACAAAAGACAAACCAGUUUUCUGGGCAGAGAGAGUAAACGAAACCAUCAGGUGACGAAUGGCAGGAGAACAGGAGCGUCUGAGUGGAGGAGGUGAUUGGGAUCAGCUGUGGAGCUUUUUAGAAAACUGUGAUUCACAGAUUUUGAAACACACAAGUGUAACAGAGAGUGGAUUUUGCUGCCAUGCUGGUAAAGCAGUUCACGUUGGAAACCAUGUCAUUAUUUUAAGACAAGCAGAGUCCAUCUUUCAUUUCAAGCCUACAGGAAGAGUUUGAGACUCAAAGCAGCUCAUCUAAACUUACAGCUGCGGUGACGACAGGCAGCCAUCUCAGGACCACAGAACAGAAUAAUGCAUAUUUGUGCCUUUCUCACGUCUUCAGAAGAGGAAGUGCAGAUUAACAGGAACAUGCUGCAUCUUUUUACUUACUAUAUUCACUGUAGAGAAACAUUAAAGGGGAACAAAUGAGAAACCCAGAAAGUCAGACUGUAUUUGUCUGUAACAUGUUGAGGCAGAUGGCCGUUGAUCCUGAGUCACAGUUCAGCUCGAGGUUUCUUUGCCUCUAAGCGUGGCUCAUUUAGUAUCAUUAAUUAGUAAAGCGUUAUCAGAAACAGAAUAUUUAUGAACAGAAUCAAUAUCACUUUCUUCCUCAUGUGCUAGUUCAUCUGUCAGCAGGUGUUUGCUCAUGGUGGGAAGUGUUAAUAAUAUUACAGAGAGGACGGCCUAGACCCGCGCCACAUGAAAAAUUCAAUCAGACAACUUUUGUUUUUAAGUGGGGCUAUAUAAAUAGAAUUGAACUGAAAUUUGAAUCAUAAGGCAAGAGGUCCAACACUAUCAUUAAAACAAUCAGAGAACUUGGAUGGUAGCUGUACAGUACAUACUGGGUCAGACCAAUUACACUGAGUUUAAUUUGUUCUUCUCUCAUUCCCUAAAUAUGAUGUUGGCAUGUAAAAAAUAGUACCAGCUUUUUUAGAAGAAUGUGAUUCACAGAUUUUGAAACACACUAAGCACGACUAACAGAGAGUGGAUUUUGCUGCCGUGCUGGGAAAGCAGUUCACUUUGGAAACCAUUCAAUGGUUUUGAAGACGAGCAGAGUCCAUCUUUCAUUUCAAGCCUACAGGAAGAGUUUGAUACUCAAAGCAGCUCAUCUAAACUUUCAGCUGAGGUGACGACAGGCAGCCAUCUCAGGACCACAGAACAGGAUAAAGCAUAUUUGUGCCUUUCUCAUGUCUUCAGAAGAGGAAGUGCAGAUUAACAGGAACCUACUGCAUGUUAUCACUUACUAUAUUUACUACAGACUGUUUAGCUGCAGAGGACAACACACCAGACUUUGCAGUAGGGAACUCUUUCAAUUGGGGUAUCAGAGCUUUCAAAGGUUUCACUCUGAAGAAUGGAAGGUCUCUACUCUAACCCUGAUUUCAUCCCGAAUGUGGUGACAUACGUAAUCGUCGCUGUCGGCCUUCAUCUGACGCUUCUGGCCAUCUAUUCUCUUUAUUCUAUGGUGAGAAGAGAUCAUGUUGCUCCCAUCUACGUCAUCAACCUUCUCAUUAGUGACUUGAUUCAGCUCUGCUUCAUGAUUGCUGAUGUGGUACCAACUGUGGAUAGGUGGACACAUGAGAUCUUCGUAUAUAUUUACAUCUCUGCUCUGUUUGCCAGUGUUUACUUCAUGGUCUGCAUCGCCCUGGAAAGGUAUUUGGUCAUCGUCCACCCGCUGUGGUACCGCUUCAGACGAACCAUCAAGACCUCUGUGGUGGUCUGUGUCCUGGUCUGGGUCCUUUCUGGUGUCUGUGGCGUCCGUUUCUAUUUCUUUGUUGAAAAUCUGGUGACACACAUAAUGUUCAUCAUCCUCCAGCUCCUUCCCUUCCCGCUGUUAAUCUUCUUCCUGGUUGGGACCCUCAAAGCCCUGUCUGCUUCCAUCUCAGUCCCCUCUGAUGAAAAACGUCGAACUGUGGGAGUUUUGGUUCUGUUGCUGCUUAUUUACACGCUGCUGUUCCUGUCCAGCAUCCUUUGGUACCUGAGUUUAAUUCAUGACAGGACCAAUUUAAUUCUGUGUCUUAUGAUUGUCAGGUUCAGUCCUCUUGCAGACUUGUUCCUGUAUGUUUCAUGAGGAAAGGGUUCAUAGACAAGCUUUUGGCCUCUGUGUGUUGCUGCAGAAUGGACAGCAAUGAUAUCAGCAGUCCAUCAGUAUGAAUGAUGAC